AUGGUGCGCAACGCCCGAGCUCGGUCCGAGACGCCUCGCCCCACUCGCACAUUCGCCAGCGAGCUGCUGGGCCCCGAGGGCGCCGCGCUGUUCAGCUGGAGCCCGACAGGCGACCUGCUGGCUGCGGCAGGGUUCAGGAAGAAGAAGGUGGUGCUUUUCGACCGCAGUGGCGAGGCUGUUGCCAGCCUUACAGUGCCAGACCCCGAGUUCCUUUAUGACGAGAGUCAGGAGACGCCUGUGCUGGCGCUGAGCUGGCACCCCUGGUCCAGCCACCUGGCCAUCUUGCCGCGGGGCCAGCCCUUUGCCAUGCCGGCAGAGGUGCAGGCCAUGGCCUGGAGCCCAGCCAGCGUGCAGCUGGCUCUGGGCACUGCCAAGGGCGGCGGCAUCAUCUGGGACAUUGCCAGCCGGGCGGCCACCCCGCUGCAGCUGGGGCGCUCCGUCAAGGCCGUGUGCUGCAUGGCCUGGAGUGCAGCUGCCGCCCCUGGCGGCCUGCUGGCGCUGGGCUGCAAGGGGGGCCAGCUGGUGCUGUGUCGCGCUGCCGACGGCUGCGUGGUCAAGACGGCUUUUUGA